UAAAGGUGUUUUUCCCCAUGUACUAACAAUGAAUUGAAGAAGAUUUGAAACAUCUCACCGUAAUAUACAAGAAACAUUUGUCCUAAGCAGAAGACGGAAACGGUAUAAUUACGAAGAAUCAUCAGGAUAUAAAGGGACCUAUCUCCGUCGGAAUGAACAUCAACGAAAGUUUACAACUUUAAUAGAAAAGCGAUUACAAAAAGGGAAAUUAAUUACUGUAUAUUACGAUUAAUUUUUCUUGGUCUGAUACCCGGUCGCUAUCGAAUCACGACCUAGGAGGGAACUGGGUACAAUGUUUAAGUUCAAUUUUGAUAUUGAAACUGGUGAGGCUCAUAUGUCAGCACCUCAAAGCGAUUAUGCUACGAACAGUGACGGAAAGCCUGAACAAGCCGAGGAUGCUGCGUUAGUUUGUUCUAAUAAGGAACCUUUCCAGGAAGUAUUUCCUAAUGAAGCGUUUAAUUCGUCAGAUUCUAGUUGUGAGUCACCUCCGAUCUGUGAAACCUUAGGAGUGAAACAUCUGUCAGCACCGAUCACCAGCAAAAAUGACCACUUGUUUCAGCGAGCGGAAAAGCUAAAUUCAGACCUUAUUCCUCAGGUUUAUGAAGGCGGCUAUAAGAUAUGGGAGUCCACAAUCGACCUGCUGAACGUACUGAGUCAACGACAGGAGCUCGUCUGUGGACGGCACGUGUUAGAUCUCGGCUGCGGAGCCGGAGUUGGUGGACUACGGGCGGUACUGGAUGGAGCUAGCUCAGUUCAUUUCCAUGAUUACGUACGCGGUUUUUACAAUAUCGUGAUCAAUGCGUCAGUUCUGGCUAAUUUGACUAUACCUAAUUUCCGCCUGCUUUCAUCUACUAUAGAAGUAGAAGAGAAAAAGUAUACUACUCAGAACGUACGGUUCUUUGCUGGUGAUUGGACCUUAUUCAAGAAUCCUAUGGAGUACGAUCUGAUUCUCACCGCCGAGACGAUCUACCGACGCGAAAAUUACGCUAUCCUCUGUGACCUCUUUGAUCGAUGUCUAGUACCUGAGAAAGGACAGGUGAUAGUUGCCGCAAAGACUAUUUACUUUGGUGUGGGCGGCUCUAUGACAGAGUUCCGUGAUUGUUGCCUUCGUCGAGGCUGGAAGGUGGAAACACUGUUUCGAAUGGAUAAAGGCGGCUGGUCCCGAUUUUAUAAAACAGAACUGGCAAGGCAGUGAUUUCAUUGCAUCGUAGGCAGCAGUGACAGCCUGUUGGCUGCAGGCUCUGUCCAGCAGUUUCUUAAAGUGGCAUGCCAAGGG